AUGGCAGCAGGAACACCAGCAGUUGAAUGCAAAUGGAAGAGUCAGAACAUUCAGAACUAUGAAUACAAAUAUCAAAAGUUUGGCCCCAACCCUCAAAACAUUGUCUAUCCUUGGACUGUCAUUGUCAGGGGUGUCAAUGCAAAUGCAAAUGAUGGCAAUAACAACCCAAUCUAUUGGGCUUCUCCUCCAACCAUGGAUACUUUCUUUGGAAUCAUCCAAGAUGCAAUCAUUAACAAUGCUCAGAGAAUCACUGUAAGCUACAGCCAGCAGGGAUACCCAACCAAUAUCUACAUUCAGAAGAGCAAUGGGGAAGUCGAGUAA